AUGUCUGCCCCCGACGCCGAAAAGCUCGGCGCCGCCAGCGCCCCUCGCGCCAACUCGUCAUCUGGCGGCUCCGAGAAGCACGACGAUGUCGUCGCCUCGCGUCCCGCGUCCGCCGGCUCCGACGUCGACACGGCCUGGCGCUUCCUCCAGAGCGUCGGCCCCAUCGACGAGCGCGAGGUCGACGGCGUCCACCUGCCCGCGCUCCGCCGCAAGGUCGACUGGCGCAUCGUGCCCCUCAUGUUCUGCUGCUACACGCUCCAGUUCCUCGACAAGGUCAUCUACAACUACGCCGCCGUCAUGGGCAUGCCCAAGGACCUCGGCUUUUCCGGCAACGACUUCUCCAACAUUGCCACCUACCUCUUCGUCGGCCUCCUCUGCUUCGAGAUCCCCAACAUCUACCUGCUCCAGGUCCUGCCCAGCGCAAAGUGGCUCGGCCUCAACGUCACCCUCUGGGGCAUCGCCACGGCAUGCGGCGCCGCCGCCCACAACGCCCAGACCCUGCUCGUCUCCCGCGUCUUUCUCGGCAUCUUCGAGGCCACCAUUGGCCCCUCCCUCAUGCUCAUCAGCAGCCAGUGGUACACCAAGUCGGAGCAGGCCCCGCGCUUCUCCUUCUGGUAUCUCGGCCUCGGACUCGGCCAGAUCCUCGGCGGCGCCAUCUCGUACGGCUUCCAGCACAUCACCCCCGGCGCCGCGCUUUCCGGAUGGCGCACCAUGUUUCUGACGCUUGGCUGCAUCACCAUCGCCAUCGGUAUCUGCGUCAUCGUCUUCCUACCCGAUACCCCCAUGCAGGCGCCCUGGCUCUCCAACGUCGAGAAGCUCGCUCUUCUCAAGCACGUCUCCGUCAACCAGACUGGCAUCUCGUCCAAGAAGUUCCGCGUCAAGGAGAUUUUCGAGGCUCUCCUUGACCCCCAGAUCUGGCUCCUGCUCGUCGCCGUCGUCUUGCUGUCCGUCUCUAGCGGUGUCAUCACCACCUACUCUGCUACUUUGAUCCGCAACCUCAAAUACUCGCCCAAGCAGGCUGCCCUCAUGAACAUGCCUUCUGGCGUCGUUAGCAUCUUCUUCACCCUCAUGGUCGGCUUCGGCAUCCGCCACGGCUCCCACCGCUGGGCUUGGAUCAUUGCCUGCAUUAUCCCGGCCAUUAUCGGCGGCGCCCUCAUGUCUUUCCUUCCGACCACCAACCGCUCCGGCAUCCUUGCGGGCAUCUACCUGGUCAAUGCCGUCGUUGCUCCCCUGGCCAUCUUUUACAACUGGACCGUCGUCAACGUCGCCGGUGCCACAAAGCGCGCCUUUGCCUGCGCUGUCAUUGCUGGCUCCUUUUCUCUGGGGAACAUUAUCGGUCCCCAGACCUUCCAGGCCCGCGACGCCCCCGACUUCCGCCCAGCCAAGCUUGCCGUCAUGGGCACCCAAGCUGGCUGCGCAUUCGUUACAUUCCUCCUCUUUGUCUACUACGCCUGGAUGAAUCACCGCCGCGCCGACAAGACGAAGCAAAAUGAGGAGGCGUACAAGUCGCCCGAGGCAUGGGCCAACAUGACUGACAAGGAGAACCCGCACUUUGUCUAUACAUACUAA